AUGACGCACCACCCUGAGUUUAAGAGGGCCGGGAAGAAGCCUGGCCUCCAGGUGUGGAGAGUUGAGAGUCUGGACCUGGUGGCCGUGCCAGAGAGUCUGCAUGGCGGGUUCUACUCAGGGGACGCAUACCUUGUUCUUAAUACCAUCAAGCAACGUUCUGGGCAUCUACAGUAUGACCUUCACUUCUGGCAAGGAGAUGACUGUACACAAGAUGAGAGUGGAGCAGCAGCCAUUUUUACCAUCCAAAUGGAUGACUACCUGGGUGGCAAACCUAUUCAGUAUCGUGAGGUGCAGGGUUACGAGUCAAGAACAUUUUCAGGCUACUUCAAAACUGGACUGAAGUACAUGAAAGGGGGUGUGGCUUCAGGGUUCAAGCACGUGGUGUCCAAUGAGGUUAAGCUGCAGCGUGUGCUCCAGGUCAGGGGUCGGCGUGUGGUUCGGGCCACAGAGGUAGCAGUUAGUUGGGACAGCUUCAACCAGGGAGACAUUUUUAUCCUCGACCUGGGCAACGAGGUUUAUCAAUGGUGUGGUUCCAAGGCCAAUAACUUUGAGAAGUUGAAGGCCACUCAGGUGUCAAAGGAUAUCCGUGACAAUGAACGAUGUGGGCGAGCUGAGUUGUACAUAUGUGACGAGGGGGCAGAAUGUGAGAAGAUGCUGGAGAUUCUUGGACCCAAACCCGAGUUGCCUGAGGCAAAUGCAGAUGACACAAAUACAGACGUGUCCAACAGGAAGCUGGCAAAAUUAUACAAGGUGUCUAAUGCCAGUGGGGAUAUGGGCAUGGAUAUGGUAGCAUCGGAGAACCCGUUUUCACAGAAUGCCCUGGAGUCAAGUGACUGCUUUAUCUUGGACAAUGGCCCCAAUGGCAUGAUCUUUGUCUGGAAAGGUAAGGACGCUAACAAAGAGGAGAGAAGUGCGGUGAUGAGUGCUGCCGAACAGUUUAUCACAAAGAUGGGCUACCCGAAACACACCCAGGUCCAGAUCCUACCUGAGAAUGGGGAGACCCCUCUGUUCAAGCAGUUCUUCAAAAUCUGGCGUGACGCGGACCAUACAGUGGGGUUGGGAACCGCCUACGUGUCCAACAAAAUCGCCAAGAUCAAGAAGGUUCCCUUCGACGCCUCCACUCUCCAUCACUCAGGCGCCAUGGCGGCUCAGCAUGGGAUGGUGGACGAGGGGAAUGGAGAGAAGCAGAUCUGGCGUAUUGAGGGAGCUGACAAGGUGCCUGUGGAGCCCUCCACUUAUGGACGAUUCUAUGGGGGAGACAGCUACAUCAUCCUCUACAACUACCAGCAUGGAGGGCGUAACGGACAGGUCAUCUACAUAUGGCAAGGAGUGGAUUCUAGCCAGGAUGAAAUUGGCGCCUCGGCCAUCUUGGCUGCUCAGCUGGAUGACGAGUUGGGAGGAGGGGCAGUACAGGUACGGGUGAUCCAGGGUAAGGAGCCCGCCCACCUCAUGAGUCUUUUCGGGGGGCAGCCGAUGGUAGUGCACCAGGGUGGUACCUCCAGAGAGGGUGGCCAGGCCCAGGCUGCAGACACACAGCUGUUCCAGGUGAGGUCCAACCCUGCUGGCUGCACACGUGCCAUAGAGGUUGAUGUUGCUGCCUCAAAUCUGAACUCCAACGAUGUCUUUGUGCUGGUGACCCCGGCAUCCUCCUUCAUGUGGGUGGGAAAGGGGACAAGUGACAGUGAGAAGCAUGGAGCUCAAAAGCUAUGUGACCUUCUAGGGGUCUCAGCCUCAGAGCUGGCCGAGGGUGAAGAAUCAGAUGACUUUUGGGAUGCUCUGGGAGGUAAAGCGGACUACCGUACCUCAGCCAGACUGAAAAACAAAAUGGACGUUCAUCCACCACGCCUGUUUGCCUGCUCCAACAAAACUGGCCAGUUCGUUAUUGAAGAGGUGCCUGGGGAGAUGACACAAGAAGACCUGGCCCCAGAUGAUGUCAUGCUCUUGGACACCUGGGAACAGAUCUUUGUUUGGAUCGGAGGUGAAGCGCAAGAGGAGGAGAAGACAGAGGGUAUAGCCUCAGCCAUUCGUUACAUAGAGACAGACCCUACCAAGCGGGACGGCAGUACGCCCAUAGUGAAGUUAAAGCAAGGUCAUGAGCCUCCCACGUUCACUGGCUGGUUCUUGGGCUGGGAUCAUGAGUACUGGAGCAGUAAUCCCAUGGAACGGGCCAUGGUUGGACUCCGUGUCUGA